AUGUCAACCGCUGCGCAACUGCGUGGAACACUGGCACCACUACCAGAUAACCACCGCAGUGGGCUAAUUGUUUUGACUGCAUUCUCGUUCCUGUCUUUUUUGUCAACAGCUCUGCUGUGGCUUUUCAUCACGUACAAGCUGCUGAAGGAGCACUUGGCAAAUAGGAAGUCAAAAAAACCUCAACCUCAAACUGCAGUCACAUCCGGCGACGCCCCGGACUUGUCUCUCGGGCUAGAUGCACCAUGUUCUGGCAGCACGGGGUUUGCACGUCUCCAAGAACUCGAUAGACUCGCCGAGGAGCAACGGAUUGCGGAGGCAAAUGCACAAAAUCAACAACAACAACAACAACAACAACAACAACGCAACGACGAUGAACCCGAGAUUCGAAAUCCCUUUCCGAUACUCGUUUACAACCUCCUCCUGGCAGACAUGAUGGAAGCUCUUGCUUAUGGACUAAGUUUCUAUUGGGUAUAUGCCGACGGCAUUUUCGCACCGUCCCCAGUCUGCUGGGCUCAAGGGUGGCUAGGGUCAACGAGCAACCUGGCCGCUAGCCUGUUCCUGUCGGUUAUCGCUGUCAAUACAUUCUUAACUGUAGGCUUGGGCUACAAGGUGCCGCCGUGGACAGUGUACACUUGCAUUGCCCUUCUCUGGGCGUUUGACUUUGGGGUGAAUGGUGCGGGAGUUGGAUUUAACGACCACGGUAGAGGCCCUGGGGAGUCCUUCUUCAUGAGGGCUAACGUUUGGUGUUGGAUUUCAACAGCAUACGACCCUUGGCGUCUGUGGGCUCACUAUUUCUGGGUCAUAAUCUCCAUCGUCCUGACCUUCAGUCUCUACACUUUUGUAUUUUUCAUUUUAUGGCGUCAAAAGCGAAGUUGUCGUUACUUACCCGAAAACCGAAGGAAUUCGCCAUCAGGAGAUCGACGACCAUUGUCUGGAUACCACCCGGCCUUUCUAAUCUACCCCUUCGUAUAUAUUGGAUGCAGUACCCCCCUUAUCAUCGGCCGUAUCACAUCUCUACUGGGAAUCGACCUCGGUAUCCCUUAUUUUGCGUUUGCAGGGUGUAUCUUGGCUGCAAAUGGCCUCUUCAACUCGAUAUUAUGGACGUCCACGAUUUUAUUUAGCGCGCCACAGGAUGUACAUGACACGGGACUGGAUAGGUUCGCCUUCAUGAGAACCCCAAUAAGAGAAUAUGGGCACACAGUGUUUAUCAGCGGGCCGGCUAGCAGGAGGGUACCGUUGUCGGAGCUUCAGCCAGACUCAACUAGAAAUCAUAAAGGAUGGUGGUGGUGGAGGCAUGGAGGUCAAAGGCCCUGGGGAAGGUCUUACGUGAGCACGCAUGAUAUGCCUGUUGUGCAUUCCAGAGAAACGACUUCUCAUGCGUACGUGUUACCAACAAUUGUGGAAGGUCCAUAUAUACAGAUGGACGUCGUGACAGCGGUCAGAAUUGAGCCAGCUGAUCCUACAGACAGUCAGAAAUAG